AUGCUCUCGCUUCUGUCCUCCUGGGCGACAACACUUUCCCUCGUGUUUGGGGGGUGUUGUGCCAAUGCACUCACUCUGGAGCAACUGACACUGACCUAUCCCAACUUUGGUUCUCUGAUUACUUUUCUGCAGUUUGCGAUUAUUUCGUUGCAUGGGCUGCAGAGGCAUGUUACUUGGACACGGUAUGGACCCCGGUUCAAGCCUCGUAGGAUCCCCCUUCUUCCGUAUCUGGGUCAAGUUUCGUUGUUUUACAUCCUCUCGCUCUUAAACAACGCGGCGUUUGCGUAUAGGAUCCCCAUGCCUGUACAUAUCAUCUUCCGUAGUGGAGGAUUAGUUGUUAGCAUGCUCCUGGGCAUAGUUAUCUCCAAGAAGAGGUGCGUCGUCAAACUGUUCUAUCAAAAUGCUUGCUUGACCGUUUGGAACCCCAGGUACAACUUUACCCAAGUCUUCGCGGUCCUGCUCGUCACGGCAGGCGUGAUCCUCACCACCCUCUCUGCGUCCCAGCCCAAUAAACCCUCUACAUCCUCGGCUCCUGCAGACCCUUACGCCUACCUCACUGGAAUCAGCCUACUCUCCCUUGCCCUCUUGUUCGGAGGAUUCCUUGGGCUCCUCCAAGAUUGGACCUACACUAAAUACGGGAGGCCAGCGCCCAACCCCCCUGCACCUAAGCAGAAGGGGAACGGCAAAGCCCAGAAGGCGUCUAGCCCUCCAGUAACAUCGACAUGGCAAGAAUCCAUGUUCUACCUCCACUUCCUGGGACUGCCUAUGUUCCUCCCGCUUUUUGGAGACAUCAAACAACAGCUCUCGACGAUUAACUACGACACUCCUCGAGCAUUAUUCACCGUCCCCGUACCCUUCAUCUCCUCUCUUCUUAGUUUCUUCCCGUCUUCGAAUGGGGACAAGACAUCGAUUCCACCUCCGUACAGCCUACCAUCGCUCGACUUCCUCGUUCCAGCUGUGGUGAAGAACAACACCUUUAUUUAUCCCAGCUCAACGUCGUUAUCGACUCCCGACGCAUUAACCCUAUCGCUCCCCAAACCAUACGGCCCACUUCUCCUCAACACCCUCACCCAACUCUUGUGCGUAGCGGGUGUAAACCGCCUCACGACUCGCGUGAGUUCACUCACCGUCACGCUCAUCCUCGUUGUGCGCAAGGCCGUCAGUCUGGUCAUCAGCCUUAAAGGACGCGUUAUCGUGGACUGGCUUGUCAAGAAGUUUGGUGGGCUACAUUCUGGACCGGCGGAGGCCUGGAAAGGCGAAGAAACCCGUUGA